GCCUCUGGAGACACGCCCCCAUUCCGGAGGUGGGGGAAGAGGGGAGGACUAGUUUUCUAAGCCCUGCCCACCCUCCUUGUCUUGUCUGGGAGGCCCGCCGGGGCUGUGUGUCUAGCUCAGACCCCAGCUAGCUGGGGCGCACACACACUAAGAUUCCAGGCGCUUGUCACUGGGUGGUCUCUACUCGCCGGCUUGAUCCUGAGAUUGCCCUCGGCUGUACGCCUUCUCCCGUGGGAUUUGGCGCUUUCCCCCCCAGCUCGGAGAGAGCACCACCGUGCAGUGCAACAAUUCGAGUGGACGCAGACAAUGGAAGCGGCGCUUGCAGUGAGCCGGCUGCCCCCGCACGACCCGAGGACGCCGGCACUGUCCGUGGUGGACAUGCACACAGGCGGCGAGCCUUUGCGCAUCGUGCACGCCGGGUGUCCGGAGGUGGCAGGGCCCACGUUGCUGGCCAAGCGGCGCUACAUGCGUCAACACCUCGACUACGUACGGCGGCGGCUCGUGUUCGAGCCCCGCGGCCACCGGGACAUGUACGGGGCCAUCCUAGUACCCAGUGAGCUGCCCGACGCGCACCUAGGCGUCCUGUUUCUGCACAACGAAGGUUACAGCUCCAUGUGCGGCCACGCGGUGCUGGCGCUGGGCCGCUUCGCGCUCGACUUCGGACUGGUGCCCGCUCCCCCAGAAGGCACCCGGGAGACCCAGGUCAACAUCCACUGCCCGUGCGGGCUGGUGACCGCCUUCGUGGAGUGUGAAGGUGGCCGUAGUUGCGGCCCUGUGCGCUUCCACAGCGUCCCAGCCUUUGUCCUGGCCUCAGACCUCACAGUGGAUGUUCCUGGCCAUGGAAAGGUGGUGGUGGACAUUGCGUAUGGUGGGGCGUUUUAUGCAUUUGUUAGUGCAGAAAAAUUAGGACUCGAUGUGUGUUCUGCAAAGACGAGGGAUCUUGUGAAUGCAGCAAGCGCAUUGACAGGAGCGGUGAAAGCACAGUUUAAAAUAAGCCAUCCUGAGAGUGAAGACCUUGGCUUUCUGUAUGGAACUAUCUUAACGGACGGAAAAGAUGUUUAUAGCGAGGAGCCCACCACCAACAUCUGCGUGUUUGCAGAUGAGCAGGUCGACAGAAGCCCCACCGGGUCUGGAGUGACAGCCAGAAUUGCUCUGCAGUAUCAUAAGGGGCUUCUGCAGCUGAAACAGACCAGAGCCUUCAAAAGCAGUGCAACCGGCUCCGUGUUCACGGGCUGUGCUGUGAGGGAAGCAAAGUGUGGAGAUUUCAAAGCUGUCAUAGUGGAAGUUGCAGGACAAGCCCAUUACACGGGGACAGCAAACCUGACAGUGGAAGACGAUGACCCACUAAGGGAUGGCUUUCUUCUCAAGUGACUUUUUUUUUUCAUAAGUUUUAAAGGUUUCCCUUAGAAAGUAAUAACCUUUAGAUGAUGUUUUCUGUGUUAUGUGUAAACCAGUAUCCAAUUACACCUAUAGGCUAAAUUUUGUACUUUCUAAAACACUGUUUUAAAUAUAAGGUAUCCUACUUCCUAUUUGCCAACCUUUUGAGCAUAUAUGUCACUGAUGGGGCAAACAGAGUGCUAAGAAUUCAGAAACUUUUUAAUCAUUAGUAUACGUGGCAAAAUUAAAACACAUUUACUUAAUCUAUGCUAUGGAAAUUAUAAUUCUUGUACAUUUUCUCGAUUGACAGUUUCACCCAUAGAACGCACAAUAGUAAAUGUUGUAAGUUUAUUUUAAUGUUCCAGUGUGAAUAAAAUAAAGCCAGCCAUAGGCCUCGUGCUCAUGG